GGGCAUGCACGAGUGUCACAGCUUGUGAGGUCCUAAAGGUCAGCCAAAUGGCACACUUUGACUCCUGACCUUGUUUGAGAAUAGCGACCCUGGUAGGCCCGCUCAGAAACGAUGAAACAGCAGAAUGACAUGCGCUUAUAAGGCCUUAUCUCCUCUAGCAACCUUCGUCGUAUGUUGCCCGCCGUAUGUGCCAGUAGUAUAUCGGAUCUGCUCCUACCUCAUACACGGUUCAAUUCUCCAUGAGCCCCACAUCCCCACAUUACUGGCAGUAUUACUGUAGUUUACUUAAGGUGAGGUCAUCUCGGCCACCAUAGGCUCGAAACGCGCAUCUCAGCAACUACAACCAUACAAUGGAGACCUUCCGCCCUGCCUUUGCUGACCGGCCUCGCCCGCUCCUUUCCUACGGCCUCCCAUUUCCUGAAGCCGUCUCCCGCCAUGUUGUCGACACUUUCAACGCCAAGCGCGUCUAUGUCAUUUGCUCCGGAUCGCUGGCCAAGACAACCGACUCGCUCGACAGGCUUGCCCAGGCGCUUGGGAGAGUCGAUGUCGCGAUUGUUGGCCGACGGAUUGGCAUGAAGAGCCAUACGCUUUGGUCUGAAGUCCUUGAGAUCACGGAAGACGCACGAGUCUGUUCGGCAGAUCUCAUCCUCACAGUUGGCGGUGGGUCGUUGACGGACGGUGCGAAAGUGAUUGCAUAUGCUCUCGCAAAUGGUGCAAAAACCUUCGAGGACCUCGAAACACUCUGCAUGGGCCCGAAUCAGGAACCCCCCUCUGCACCCGAUCCUGCCACUCCCACGGUUCCCAUUGUCUCUGUUCCCACGACCCUUUCAGCAGGAGAGUACUCCAACUUCGCAGGCGCGACGAACGACCGCACGCACCGCAAACACUCCUUCCAAGCACCUCUCCGCGGACCGCAGCUGAUUGUCCUCGAUCCACAGCUUGUAUCCAAGACCCCGGAAUCAGUUUGGAUAAGCACCGGCGUGCGUGCGGUGGAUCACUGCGUCGAGACGUUCUGCGCGGUCAAGGGAACGUCAGAGGAAUCGGACUCACUGGCGUUGAAAGCGCUCGCGAACUUAGUGCCAGGGCUUGUGAGGUGUCGUCAUGAUCCGAAGGGAGAAGAUCUUGAUGCUCGGUUGACAUGUCAGCUCGGGUCCGUGGAUGCCAUGGCAGCUUGUACGAGCGGAAAGGUUCAACUGGGUGCUAGCCACGGAAUUGGCCACCAGCUCGGUCCUCUCGGCGUCGGCCAUGGCGAGACUAGCUGCAUCCUCCUCCCAGCCGUAUGCAAGUACAACGCAAAAUACAACGCCAACAACGACCGCCAAUCCCGGCUGCGCGAGUUCCUCCUGGAGCAGUCGAUAGUCGCGGAUGUAAUAAAGUCGCGCGGUCUGCAAAAGGAAAGUCUUGACCUGGGAGACGUGCUAGAUGCUCUGUUUCGGGAACUCGGCAUGCCGCGGUCACUGGGUGAAGUUGGCGUUGCCCAGGAUAAGCUGGACGGCCUCGCGGCAAACUCUCUGCAUGACCGGUGGUGUCGAUCGAAUCCGGUUCCUUUGAACGAGAAGGAGCAGGUACUGGAGAUUUUGGAGCAGGUAAUUUGAUCGACGUAUGUACCUUUAGAUCUAGA